AUCACUCUGUAAGUCAACACUAUAUAAGAGGGGAGGUGUGAUGACAUUAUGAGACCAGUUUAGACUACACACCACCAUGAGGACGUCAAUUGUUUUACUUCUGGCAGUGCUGGCCGUGAGCGCAGUUUCCGGCGCUAACAAAAAAAGCGGAUACGGCUACUGGGGCGGAAACAGUGGAGGAUACGGUGGAGGACUCGGUGGAGGUGGAUACGGCGGAAGCUACAACGGAGGUGGAUAUGGGGGAGAUAAUGAUGGUGGAUACGGGGGAAGCUACGGUGGAGACGACAGUGGUCGAUAUGUUGGAGGUUAUAAUGGUGGAUACGGACAAGGCUACGGUGGAGACGACAGUGGUCGAUAUGGUGAAGGUUAUGAUGGUGGAUACGGACAAGGCUUCGGUGGACACUACGGCGGUCGAAACGGAGGCUUUGGUGGAGAGCUAAGCUCUGCAGGUUUAGGUGGCAGACGGUUUGGUGGCUUCAACGGCAAGAAGGGGUGUUAUGGUAAACACUGCGUCCUUUGGCGGAGGCAGUGGUGGUUUCCUAGGUGGCUACGGUGGUGGAAAUGGCGGUGGAUACGGGUCUGGCAACGGAGGUGAUUACGGUAUGGGAGUUGAUUACAAUGGUGGUUAUGGUGGUGCAUACGGAGGCGGUAACGGUUUGGGUGUUGGUUUGGGUGUUGGUUUGGGUGUUGGAAACGGAGGCGGUUACGGUUUUGGUGGUGAUUCCGAUUAUGGAUACGGAGGCGGUUAUGGUGCGGGAGGUGGUUUCGGUGGUGAAUUUGGCGUUAGUUCGGUUGGACGUGUUGGAGGUAAUCGGCAAUGCAAGUGUGAGAAGAAAUGCAGC